UUUGGAAACCUUGAAACUAAUCCUAAGAAAUACAACAUCAUUUCCCCACUUUAUACACGACGCUAGUGAUUAGCCAGGGAUCCAAUCCAAUGUCAAUCCCGCGUCCCAGAUGUAUUGUGUCCUUUCGAGGAAACAUCUUACAUUCUUUUAACUUUUCCCGUUUAACGUUGAAUUAUCACCACUCAACCCACCCGUUAUAGCAUCACUUACUACCAACUCGCAUUUGUAGACCUCUAAGGUUCUUUGCGAUUUCAUCUGCGAGUUUUCUAUAACCAUCCUCGAGUUUCGGCUCCCUUAGAAACUGCAUGCUUGACCUAAUCUCGUCGCAUCUUUUCGCAAGUUAUCCACCAAGCUUCUAGGAGCUUUGCUCCCUAAUACCAAAUAUGGGGUUAAACGUCUUCCGAGUCCUGGGAGACUUUUCCCAUCUAGCCUCCAUUUUAAUCCUUCUACAUAAGAUGACCGAGCUCAAUGGCGCUUCAGGCAUUUCAUUCAAAUCCCAAGCUCUAUACUUCUUAGUCUACGUUACUCGAUAUCUAGAUCUGUUCUCUACGUCAAGCAUCUACAACAUCAUCUUCAAGAUUCUCUUCAUAAGCAGCCAGGGCUACAUAAUCUACCUAAUGACAACCAAGUACAAGCCAACGGUCGAUCCUAACCUCGAUACCUUCCGCGUGCAAUACCUCCUAGGUGGUGCCGCCGUCCUAGCUAUCCUUCUGCCCUACGAAUAUAGUUUCUCCGAAAUCCUAUGGGCGUUCUCGAUCUGGCUAGAGUCCGUGGCUAUUCUCCCCCAGCUGUUCAUGCUACAAAGGACCGGCGAAGCGGAAGUUAUCACCACCCACUACCUCUUCGCCCUGGGUAUUUACCGAACUCUCUACAUCCCCAACUGGAUCUACAGAUACCUCACGGAACCCAAGCACAAGGUCGAUUGGAUUGCCAUUGUCGCUGGUCUUAUUCAGACUGUGCUGUACAGCGACUUCUUCUGGAUCUAUUACAACAAGGUUCUCAAGGGCAAGAAGUUCAAGCUUCCUGUAUAGGCGGUCUCAGCGCAUCUUGCUUCCCGCCGCUAAGUAGGAGCGAAAGACGCGUUUGGCGUCGCAUGGUGGAUAUCCUAUGACUACGGUACUCCGGAGAUAUUUACGGGAUUCUCGCUCACAGGCGAUCCUUGGGCCCUCGAGGAUGCAAGGCCACGUGUAAUGAGUACAACGGAUCCAAUAGAGGAGGUUCAAAAGGUGUUCUUAUACAUAGAACGUGUAUUCAUGGCGCAUCGGUGUGCAUGGCUGGCGUUAGGUUGGGAGGGGCUGGCAGUUCCUCAGCCUUCAAAUGCGUGGCCGAAGGCGAAAAGAGGUUUCUUCAGGGUUCGAUGCAACUAUAAAAGAAGCUCAAAGAAAUGUUACCCGGAAAAGUGGCUGUCUGAUGGCUGGCCAUUCGAGGAUACGACUCGUAAACGAAUAAUCCUUUG